AUGACUGAAACACUUGUUUAUCGCCCUCACCCUGUGAACGUGAGCGGGCAUCAUGACCGACCCAGAUCUACCUCUUCCAACUCGGGCUCUCACAAAUCCGCCUUCUCCCAUUAUAAAGUGUCCUCACAAAGCUCCCUAGUCCCUCCAUCGCCCCGGGGUUCCUACCGCUCCUCCCAGAGAGUUUCCACAGUCUACGAAGACGGGCCUUAUCGUUCCUCGAAGAGACUGAGGUCGCAAUAUCCUCUACAUUCAAGCGAACCUCAUGUGGAAUACAUCCUUGUUGCUUCGUUCGACAUCGAUCGGGGCCCCAUCAUGGAACAUCAGUUCCCUGGUGCAAUUAGCCCGGAUGAAAACAUGUUGGCCGAGUUGAUGCUUCCUGACCAAACACAUGUCCGGCCACAAGACUGGACCAUGUUCUUUUUACAUAAAGACUCCGGCGCGAGCGAAGACGAGGCCGCUGAGCGAGAAGCUAGAAGGCGCCAACGAGAGGCACGGAGGCGCGCAAGAGAAGCCGGUGAGGCUGCCGAUUGCGAAGCAGCAGAAUCCGCAGACGACAGCGGCGGUGAUGAAAGUGACGCAGAUGACAUGGAGAGUCCUCCGCUAAUGUAUGUCUUGAACUUGGUUAAUACCAAGCAAGACAGUUCGGUGAAAAGAGGCGCCAUUGUGAAGGCAAUGGCCAUUUGUACCCGGCACUCUUUUCUCCACAUAUACAAGCCCCUCUUGUUGCUCGCCCUGGAGGACUAUUUCAAGUCACCUACACCAGACACCUUGGAACUCUUAUACAAUGCCCUAAAUGCCAUGGACCUGUCUCUAAUGCCCCGGUUGUCACUGCUGGAACGACACAUUUUGCAGGCAAGCGACGUUAAAGACAUGUUUGUGGAGAAAUUCGAACAAAUGAUUUCCCAACGAUUAGCAGACGAAGCCCUGGCAAAAGCUCCUGACGCUCCAGAGUCGCCCACGAGGCCGGAGCAGAAAUAUUCAGUUCCCCGAGACACACAUGAGUUCGAAUCAAAGAUUGUUUACAACAGCAUCCCGAUUCCAGUCAAGAUUCCUACCGCUUUGUCGCCCGAAACUGUGGGCGAUUUCUCGCUCAUCAAGCUUGUCCAAGUAUUUGGCAAUCUGCAUCUGUCUCAACCUCAGCCUUUUGCCUUACACCCCCAUCUGACAACUUCGGGGGCGUUCACGCAUCCAAUCAUUGUCCUCAUAAACGCCAUGCUCACGCAAAAACGGGUCAUAUUUUUGGGCCACAACCGACCAUCCGGAGAGGUUGCGGAAGCUGUUCUUGCGGCUUGUGCAUUGGCCUCAGGAGGCGUGUUAAGGGGAUUCACCCGUCAUGCAUUCCCAUACACUGAUCUGACCAAGAUCGACGAGCUUCUGAAAGUCCCUGGAUUUAUUGCAGGUGUCACAAAUCCGGCGUUUUCCUACCAUCCUGAGUGGUGGGACCUACUUUGUGACUUGCCCUCGGGCAGAAUGAAAAUCUCCUCCUGCAUUGAGGCAGCGCCUGUCACAGAAGGGACGACGUAUUUCCAGCAGCACGGACAUUCUAUUCUGACUCACAAAGACCUCCAUCACUCAGAUGCUACCGGAGAUGGACCGUUUAUGGAUGAUGUCAGCCGAAGUAUUACCUCUCGAGCCGGCGAGUCCAUCAUCCGAGCCAAAUUUCGAGCCUAUAUCACGAAAUUCACCCGCAUAGCGGCGGCCUUUGAAGAAACUGUGUAUGGAGCGAGCAACCUCACGGUGAUACCCCCUACCGAGGUAGACAACGCGGAAGCCACCGCCACCACACCAGCACCAGCACGACCGAUGUCGCUGAAAACGUCCAGUAAGAACCUGAAAGGACAUGGCUAUGUCUGGCCGAGUGAUGAGGCCAAGACCCGCGAACUGGCAGCGUCCGCAGCCAGAAUAGAAGGGUGGCGUAACACACGAUCCUACUACGCAUUCAUCUCCGACCUGGCCGCCCAUUCGCAGGAUCCCGUUUCGCCAACCUCACCGGUCAGCAUGACCAAGAUGCUCGCUCGAGCGCCGACAAAGCCAUACGUGGACCUCUAUCAUUCGUUGUCCAAGCUCCGGACCCUGCACCUGACUCCGACGGAAGCUGGCGCCAUCUAUCUGGCCCUCGAAGCAUAUUGCACGGACUACGAGAGCAUCCUGGAGCUGCUGGAGAUGGCUCCCAUGUCAGAAGCAGGACUCUUCUUUGUGGCUCUGGGGCUCUGGCACGAAGAUUGGCGGGUUCGAGAAGCGGUGACCAGUCUUCUCGACCGGGUCAGGCAACACCCGGCCGGUCGGGUGUUCUUCAACCGACUUGGGGGAUGGGCUACCAUGGGCUUCAACAGACGUUUGCAAGAGAAGGAAUCUAGAUUACGCGCGCAGCAACAUGAAGCUGAGCUGGGCCCGCUCGCUCUCGACACCGACCCGAGACGCAGCUGA